GAAAACAGGCGCAUGGCUGAGCAGUCUAUUUUAAUUUCAUUAAGUCGAUGCUCAGGAAUAGUGCGUUUAAUUCCUUAAAUGGGCCUUGCAUGACCUUUUUUGAUAUACCAUUGAACGGAUUUUGUUUUUUGUGUUAUUCGAAUGCUGUAAAUAACAACGCUUUGUAAUACAUUUUUUGUACUGGCACGGUGCGCCAGUCAGGACAACGGUAUCGGACCACCUCAGUCGACGAACUAGUAAGGUUGAUUCUUUGGACUGCUUAUGUAACGACGUUAAUAUAGACCUAAAGAAUAGCGAACACUUUGCUUUUGUCUUCUCUAUAAUAGCCUAUAGGCUAACCAUAACGACAUCGUUAUAUCAUUGUUAUUCAUUCAGUCGGUUGUUCCUCAUAGCCAGUGUUCAUGCCAGAUCUGCAGCGCUUGAGGUUUUACAGUAGCAUGAAUCCUUUGUUGGGGGCGAACGCGCUUCUUGAACAACAACAAAAUCAAGAAGGGGGUAGCCAUCCGGAUUCGCCGUCGGGCCUUUUGCCCGAAGUUGUGCUGGGUAGUCCGUCCGAUCCGUCAGUGAUCUUCGGAGACCAAGCAGGACUAGGCUUUGAGGGCAUCGCUUUCCCUGGGCCGGAGUUUACUGCAUCCUCUCAGACAGGUUUGGCAUACCUGCAUCUCAGUAGCUCUUUCCACCGCUCAGCCCAACCUCCCGCAGCGAUGGCCCUAAGGAACGACCUGGGCUCCAACAUCAGUGUCCUGAAGACCCUCAAUCUGCGUUUUCGUUGCUUUUUAGCCAAGGUGCAUGAACUGGAGAGGCGAAACAAGAUUUUGGAAAAGCAGUUGCAACAAGCACUCGAAAGUAACGGCGGCGAUGGCGGAUGCGGGGAAAAUAAAAGGGGGCCGACCAGGGAGGUCGGUGUACAGACUGGGUUUGUCGGCACCAUGCCGGUUCGACCUGGCUCCCUCCCUUUUCUCAACACCAACAACCCCGUCAAGCGUCCAACUAGUUUGUUUACACCGCCUCUCACCUCCGUGCUCAAACUGGAAACUAAUAAAUUUGAUGAUGAAACUUGCGAUGCAACCACCGAAAACGCCGGUUCGAACACAAACCCCACCAUCACUGUCAGCCUAUCCACUUCAACAGAGGCAUCGGCAAACACAAACAACUCUAACAACGCGCCACAUUUCAGCAGCACCGGUACCUACACAGCAACAUCGCCUAACCCCCCACCAAGGUUCCUACCGGGCACCAUUUGGUCAUACAACCACACACGCAAACUUGGAUCUGGUGUGGAAACCAGGGUAACCAGCCCUGGUGUGUCCUGGAUGCAUCCUGAUGGAGUCGGUGUCCAGAUUGACACCAUCACCCCAGAGAUCAGAGCCCUGUACAAUGUCCUGGGCAAGGUGAAGCGUGAGAGGGAUGAGUACAAACGCAGAUGGGAAGAGGAGUAUACCAUGAGGGUGGACCUGCAACAGAGGAUUGGGGAUCUGCAAGAGGACCUGCAGGAGAGUGAGGUGUGCCAGGACGAACUGGCCCUCAGGGUGCAGCAGCUGAAGGCUGAGCUGGUCCUCUUCAAGGGCCUCAUGAGCAAUAACCUGUCGGAUCUGGAGAGUAAGAUCCAGGAGAAGGCCAUGAAGGUGGACAUGGACAUCUGCCGCCGCAUCGACAUCACGGCGCGCCUGUGCGACGUCGCCCAGCAAAGGAACUGCGAGGACAUGAUCAACAUGUUCCCGGUUCCCAGCACUCAGUCUGCCAUCAACUGCCGCCCUCGCAAACAAGCCCCCCAGCCAGUCAGCGGCAGCGAGACAGAUGAGCCAAUGAGCACCUCCGAUAGUGACGGAACCGGUCCUAAAGAUGAUGACAUGUGCAGUGCUUCAGCCAAUCAGAUCAACGAGGAAAUGCAGAGGAUGCUGUGCCAACUGAGAGAGUGUGAGUUUGAAGACGACUGUGACAGUCUGGCGUGGGAAGAGACGGAGGAGACUCUGCUGCUGUGGGAGGACUUCCCAGGAUGCACUCUGCCCCAAGACACACACCCACAAGGAGAGCAGGAGGAGUGCCUGGAGAAGGUGAUUAAAGACACUGAAUGCCUCUUCAAGUCCAGGGAGAAGGAGUACCAAGAAACCAUAGACCAGAUUGAGUUGGAGUUGGCCACGGCCAAGUCGGACAUGAACCGGCACCUGCAUGAGUACAUGGAGAUGUGCAGCAUGAAGCGAGGCCUGGACGUGCAGAUGGAGACCUGCAGGAGGCUCAUCACAGCAGGAGACAACAGCAGCAAGUCUCCGCCUCCCAUCCCUGCAGCCCCAGGAGGUCAUGCGGAGGAGAGCACCAGCAGCAGCAGCAGCAGCAGCAGUGGCAACAGCAGUGGCGGCAGCAGCAGCAGCAGCAGCAGCUCUUUCUUAUACUCCUGCCAGUCCUGCGUGCCCUGUCCCUCUGGUAGCUACACGUCACGAAGAAACAUGGAGAAGCGGUGCCACCCGUGCUCCAAAGACUGCUCAGCUGGAUAG